AUGGCAACCUCAGUCUGUUUGACGCUUUGGGUGUUACUCACAGCAGAUACUGUGUGGACACAGAGUGUGAGACAGGCCUAUGAGGUACAGGAUCCAGAGGACUGGGAUGUGCAUGAUGAUUUCUAUUGUCCCAGGGAAUGUUUUUGUCCACCUAGUUUCCCUACUGCCUUAUACUGUGAGAACAGAGGUCUCAGAGAAAUUCCUGCUAUUCCUUCAAGGAUCUGGUACCUCUACCUGGAAAACAACCAGAUAGAAACCAUACCUGAGAAACCAUUUGAGAACGCCACCCAGCUAAGAUGGAUCAAUUUAAACAAGAACAAAAUAACCAACUACGGGAUUGAGAAGGGGGCUCUAAGCCAGCUAAAGAAACUUCUUUUCCUGUUUCUAGAAGACAAUGAGCUAGACGAGGUACCUUCUCCAUUGCCUAGAAGUUUGGAACAGUUACAGUUAGCUAGAAACAAGGUAUCCAGAAUCCCUCAGGGGACCUUCAGUAAUCUGGAAAACCUGACCCUUCUUGACCUACAGCAUAACAAACUUAUAGAUAACGCCUUUCAAAGAGAUACCUUCAAGGGACUUAAGAACCUCAUGCAGCUAAAUAUGGCCAAGAAUGCCCUGAGGAACAUGCCGCCAAGAUUACCAGCCAACACCAUGCAGCUGUUUCUGGACAACAACUCCAUUGAAGCAAUACCAGAAAAUUAUUUUAAUGUGAUUCCUAAAGUGGCCUUCCUGAGACUUAACCACAACAGACUGUCAGAUGCAGGUCUCCCGUCGAGAGGUUUUGAUGUGUCCUCAAUCUUGGACCUCCAACUAUCUCACAACCAGCUCACAAACUUUCCCCGAAUUAAUGCUAACCUGCAGCACCUUCACCUUGAUCACAACAAAAUUAAAAAUGUGAACAUCUCAGUAAUAUGUCCCACCACACUGCGCGCAGAACAGGACGCCUUCAUUCAUGGACCUCAACUGAGCUACUUGCGCCUGGAUGGGAAUGAAAUCAAGCCACCAAUCCCAAUAGAUUUAGUGACGUGCUUCAAGCUUCUUCAGGCGUUCAUUAUAUAA